GUCAGUUUCUCCCGCGGCGGAAAACUUGGUGAAAUUUAAUCAUUGCGCCAUGCAAUACACUGCAUUAUUGAGCUUUCUGUGAUGAUUGCCGCCAUAUGAACUGAACACUGGAGGGCCAAUCUCACCAUCCUCUCUUCUACGUCGCCAGUCCCGUAACAGCCAUCUUCUGUGGUUUCUACUCCUGGUUCUACUCGUAGCGCCGUCGGUUUCAAUUUCCCCUAACGCACUACUACUCAGCUGAGCCGGCCAAAAUGACGGAACCACAACCACCACAAACCACUGGCCCUCCACAGAUUCCUGCGACGUCGGAACUCUCACUCCUACGGAUUCUACAUUCGCCGGCCCCAGGCCCAUCUCGAUCAUGGCAAUCGACACCACAUCCAGACCCAUUUACACCACUACUGGCCACAGCGUCCGCCGACAAAACAGUCAACAUCUGGAGCUUACGUGACUUUUCACUCAUUUCGACAAUCAGCGGGGGCCACAAGCGCAGCGUCCGGACCGUGGCAUGGAAGGAUUUUGGUGGUCGGAGCAGCUCGAAGCAACUGAAAAAACAAAACUCCAAGCCGGUGGUGUUGGGCACGGGCAGUUUCGAUGCUAAUGUGGGUAUUUGGAUAUGGAAUGAUGAUCGACGAUGGGCGAGGUUUCGGAGAGAUCAAGAGGAGAAUACAAGUGGUGGAGAUGAUGUUAUGAAGAAACCAGAGGGCGACAACGAGGUUGAGGUGGAUAUGGGAGGACAAGACGAUGACGAUGAAGAUGAAGAAUGGCAUUUCUCGACUCUGUUAACGGGACCAGAUUCGGAGAUCAAGUCUAUUGAUUUCUCGCCGCCGCAUUACUCUGCGAAUCUGCUGGCGACGUGUUCGCGGGACAAAUCGGUCUGGAUCUGGGAGGAGGUCGAGCCCGAGGAGUGGGAGACGAUUGCGGUGCUGAGCGAACAUACUGGUGAUGUCAAGUGUGUGAGCUGGUGUACGGGUGCUGUGCGGAGAAAGAGGCGGAAGGUGGUAGACACUACGCAUGAGGGAGAUGUCGCCAUGACGAAUAAUACUACCCAAGGGGAUGGUACUGGGAGAAACGGAAAUGGAAAUGGGAAUUCUAAUGACGAAGAAGAAGAAGACGACGAGGUCGUCAUAGGAUCCCGCGAAAUCCUAGCUAGUGGAUCCUACGACGAUACGAUUCGACUAUGGCGUGACGUGGAAGAGGAAGGCGACUGGAUUUGCGUGGCUGUCAUUGACGGCCAUUCGGGGACGGUGUGGGAUGUCAAAUGGGAGGGAUAUAUCAAUUAUGCGCAACUGGAUUUAUCCUCUUUGUCUUCUCAGCAGCAACAAGAUGUGGUCAUCGCCGACUUCGAAGCAGAUUGGUCCCCCCGCCUUGUGUCCUGUUCCGACGACUUGACGGUGCGGGUGUGGCGGCGCGAACUGAGCGAGGCGGAAAAAGCCAAACGACGCUCUCAACAAUCCCAAAGUGCUGGUCCUCAGACGGGGUUUGCUAGUACCCGUCUCCCGAGCGUCAUUCGGCCACAGAGCAGUAUGGAGCGCUGGGUCCAGGAUGCCGCUUUGCCUCAAGUUCAUGUUCGCAGCGUCUAUGCUGUGGACUGGUCGAGACGGUCGGGUUUGGUUGUCAGCUGUGGUGGAGACGGCACGAUUGCUGUGUAUAAGGAGAUUCCGGAUGUUGCGGACAAUACCGAUACCGAUGCGGGUCAUGUGGGCAAAACAGCAGCAGCAACUACAAAUGGUGGCCAGCAGCAGCAACAACAACAACAACAGAACACCGAUGAUGUCGUUAUGUUGAAUAACGGGGAAAGUGGUAGCGGUCAUGGUCAUGACGAAUCAUGUCCGUAUAAACUACACCAGAUGAAAUGGACUCUCGUGGCCCUGAUGGAGGGCGCGCAUGAUGAGUACGAGAUCAAUCACGUCUGUUGGGCCCUGCGGCGCGACAAGGACCGGCGUUUUGACGAAGAGGAGGUCAUUGUGUCCACGGGUGAUGAGGGCGAUGUCCGCGUUUGGACUUUGCCUGACGAUUUGGCAAGGGAAGUGCAGAGAGAUCUGUGAGCUUCCAAUUUGAGUGGUCUGUGAUGUUGAUUUUGACGCUGAGUUUGCCGGAGUUAUUCCUCUCGCGGAAUCUGUGUUGCGGGUAUGUUUGGCGCGAUGCUUUUUCGACUAGAGGUGGUUGAGAGAGAAUGGAAUACUAGUACCCAGUGGUUUAGACGAUCUAUUCGGGCAGUCUGGACCUUGCUUGCUUAUCCCUAUCCUAUUAUACCGCCAGGACGGUGGAGAGGAUCAAUAGUUCCUGAUUUGGCAUGAAAGAUACCAAUCCCAAAAGAUAUUUGUCGGACGGCGUUGGCAGCUGAAGUUGAUCACGCAUGACCUCGGUCCUGAAUGCCACUUAGAUAUGUAUCUAUCUACUCGGACUUGGAACUCAAAGCCCUUCUUCGAAUCCUUUCCAAGCCUUCCAUUGACCACAUUAGUUCUAACCAUGUCCGGCAAUGCAAAUAUUGUACACA